CCAUUCUCAAACUUAACAUCAUAUAGUAAUUUCACCUUAUUUUAGACGCAUAUGUACAACUUGUCUGGUAUUAUCCAUUACCUUUUCUCUGCACAUCAUCAUCUGGCCACAUGAGGUCACUGUGCUUCUGAAGAUUAAUGAAGACGACAGAGAGAAAUGAACUACAGGAAAUCAUGAUGACUAUUUUUAGAAGACAAGAAAACUGAGAACGUGUCAAUGAGGACGAUGAAAACUUGCAGCAGAUCACCCCUUCUCCUUCUAUGGUUCAUUCACGUCACAAUCCCAGCAGUUCUUGAGGCACAAGAAGUCAAAGUCUCGUCCACAGUGACGGGAUACCUGGGGCAUGAUGUCACCCUGCCAUGCACAUUCAUCCAGGGAGCACAACACGCUGAUAUUACUCAGGUUCAGUGGGAGCUCAAGCCACCAGAAGGAGAGAACAUCGUCCUUAUUGUUUUCAAUGUUAAUUUUGGAGUUAGUGUUUACAAUACAUUUCUGAAGGACAGAGUGGAGCUUGAAGAACAAUCUUUGAUCGUUAGAGAUGUACAGAUGACAGAUGCAGGGUCGUACACCUGCAGCAUUGCAACUUUUCCCAGUGGUUCAUUUGAAGGAACCACCAACCUUGUAGUUCAAGGAGGGAAGACGAUAUUACCAAGAAUGAUUGCUGCUGGGGUGUUUGUGCUGAUAGUAUCGACCAUGCUAGUAACAACUUACUUCAUCAUCAUCAGAAUAAGACGUGAGGUUUUGGUCGAACACCGUGUCUGUUAUGGUAAGUUUCUCUUCUCUCUUUUUCUAAAAAGCACCACAUUAACUUGCAUGGCCUGGUGUGUGUUUCAGUUCCGCUGAGCUUCUCUGUCUUUCAGAUGAAGGUGGUGCAGUGGUGUGUGAAUGAAACGAGGUGAGCUUGGAGCUGGUUUGAGGCUCCGUCUUUAAAUUGUAGUUGAUUGUUUAAUUAUUUUGUUGCUAUGACAAAAAAACGUCUGUUAAAACAAAUCACCCUGAAUACGAGAGCCCUAAUUUCCUAUCCUCCAAACACUUUCUGACACACAGGAUCUUGGUCCACUCAUCCAGUGACAAACACACAGUCUGCACCAAUGAGGAUGUCACACACUUCGAAGUGAUGGUUGGCAACUUAAAUAAGAGAGACUGAAAAAUUAAGUUUUGUCUUUUCCUUGAAGAGGGGAAAAAAGACUCUUAAAGUUGUUGUUUGUUGCAUUUAGCAUCAUUUUGGCUGAAGUAAAACUGUCAACACAUCCUGACCUAAAGAAGUUAAAUUGCACACUUAGAGCCUCAGCACAACAAAGAUUUUCAUUUCAAUUUUAUUUCAUUGCUGUAUAUUUCCAAACUUCUAUUUCAUACUCUUAUUCUCUCUUUUUUCCCCUUUUUUUUUUUUUUUCCCCUCAUCGGAGCAGCUUUAAAGAAUCACAACUUCCCCAUGGGGAUCAAUAAAAUAUUUCUGAUUCUGAUAAAUCAGUUGCUCCUUAAAGCUGGGGUAGGCAGAAAUCUGGAAGCGGCAAAACAAACAAACAAAAAGGGCAAAAACUGACACUCUUUAUCCAAAGCCCCUCCCACCAGGCGACCACAGGCAUAUGCACACGCUUCUUACGGUAACCCAGUGUUUCCCAUACAUUGAUUUUGACCACAGGUCGGCAGCUGUAGCAGUUCAAGCCCCCUACUGCCACCUGUCAAAUUGGGCUGGUGACCAUUGCCGGGUCUAACCUAUCCCCAAGCUGGAGGAUUCAGGUUGCUGCGGUCACUGACUAGGAGUCCGUCUCCAGAGUUGUUGCCAGCUCCCCUCCCAAUAAAGUUGUCCGUAGCAGUGGGCAGUGAGGUGGAGGACAUACUGUAAUUCAAGGCUCUAGCGAACAUCAGCUCCAUAAACGUGGAAUUGAAGCUAAACUGUUAAUGUUUUCACUUCUAUCUCUGAAACACUUCACCGCUAAUGAUGCGUUUUAUUUCAUUUAUUGUCGGACGCUAUUUUAUACACUUUUUGAUAAAGCCGUUUUCUUUUUUUGGAUUGCUGUGCAGUGUAGGUAGUUGUUGCCAGUGCUGAAAUAGCAACUGUGUCUGCAGGAUCAUGACCAUUAAAUCAGGAUUUCACCAAAGGGACGUGCACAAUGCCAUCGACAAUUGUACAACAGCCAGUAGGAACACCCUCUUUUUUGAAAUGACCUGUGAUUGGCUGAAGUCUAGAUUUUCUAAAGCCUAAAAAUAGAGAAGAGUAGGUGCAAAGGUCCAGUGUUCUCUCAGUCCACCUAAAUCAUGAUAUGCUCAAAGAUUAAAAUGGGAUUUUGCCCAAUAUAGCCAGAAUUUGACCGCCUACUUCAUCUCAAAAAAGAAUGCAGAUGCUAUUCUUUAAUUUUUUGUUAUCAGUAAAUCACAUAAAAAAGUUAAGACCAACAAGGCGUCUCUCAGUACUUGGGCGUCCUUAUGCCGUCAGUGCUCCUCAGCUCUGGUUCCACUGGUUAAAACCAAAAACCUGUGACUUCUCCAGGCCCUCAAUUCCUGCUCUCUUAAAUCUCACUGUACCUGAAUCUUUCCAGCCAAUUAUGACAGUUUUCUGUAGGUGAUGUUCCUCUAUGAUUGUCACUCAUGUCAUGCAUCCAGUUUUAACUAACAAAACCUUUGGAUUUAAUAAACAAUGGAUGAGUAAUCCAAACAUUGGCAGCCAUACAAUCCUGUCCAAGCUGCUCACCCAGCAUUAACACUGGAAAAAAAGAGUUCUCCUGCUUCCUGUAAUGGGAGCCCAAAAUGGCAGUGAAGGGUAAAACAAAUAUGUAAAUACAACUCUGGUUUAUAAACUUGUAUAUAAGCUACAAUAUAUUGGACCCAAUUGUUACAAUAAUCACUCUGCAAUUCAGCAACAUUAGUCGUCAGUUCAGACUGAAAUAUCUCAAAUACUGUUUUACUGAUUGCUAUGAAUUUUUGUAAAGACACUGAUGGUCCCCAGAGGAGGAAUCCUACUGACUUGAUAACACCCUGAUUUUUCCUAUAGUGCCAUCAUGAGGUUGACAUUUGCGUUUUUAGUGAAUUUGCUCAGUACUCUGCUUUUUGACCAAACUACUGGCGUUCCCAUCAGCCUCAACUGUACAUUAAACUAAUGCCUACCAUACACUAGAACACUGGUUCCCAACUGGUGGGUCACGGGUCCAUUCUGAGUGGACCACAAGUGACUCACAAAUGCGUCAAGUUUGUAAAAAACACACUUUUUUUUUUCAGGGUACAGUAAAUUUCCGACAGAGCUUUUAUUUUGAAGGACUGUAGAGUGAGUGACUAACAGACAGUUACUGAACAGAGACAGCAAGCUAGCUCAAUGACAUGGCCAAAUGCAGCUAUGACGCUGAAUAUAUUGAACUGCAUGGACCUUGAACUAAUGACUAUGGAGAACUCUGGACCCUGUGGCUGGACCAGAUGGGAACCACUACACUAGGGAGACUUUGAAAAGACUUAAGUCUGACACCCUCUCACAUAGAAAGACAGUGUGCUUGGUGUGACAUCUGCUCCUGGGCAUCAACUAUAUGGUCUAUAAAGAUAAACUGUAUUUGCACACAAACUUUGCAAUUUGAUUUAGCUAAAGUUCAGAUUUCUCAUUAAAAUAAGUGUUGGUUAUGAGAGAAUAUAUUUUUGUAUUUGAAUUAAGAUUAUAAUGAAAUGAUGUUUGUAGGACAAAGAGAAUGCUGAAUACGUACACAUGAUGGGUGGGGAAGGUAUGGGGUAAAGGAAUGAGUAAAUGUUUUUUAGCUUGUUUGUUCUUUUUUUUUGUAAAUGAUGAUUGUAUUGACACAUGCAAAAAAGAAAAACCCAAUAAAAUGCAGUUUAAAAAAAAU